GCUGAUGGGUCUCAUUCUGUUUUGUUUUUUAACCGAUAUUUCCUAAUUUAACCUUCAUAUCCAUUCAAAUUUACGAAAUUGUGCCAUUCUUCAAACGCAUAUCCUGGCUUUUCUGUUUCUACUUUCUAUUCCCAAUUUCCCCCACCUUGUUUUUGAGCUAGAUCUACGAGCCUCAGUGAUUCUUCCAUGACUAGUCAAGCAAGCCAGCAUAAGAGAAAACCUUAAUGGGGAAUAAUUAAGAAAAAAAAAAUGAAGAAGAAGAAACCCAUGAAAUCUCACAGUUAUGGUUAUCAAUGCUAGUAAAUAUUUUUGGACUAAAAACAAUAAAAUGAACUAAAUUUUCUUGAGAAACAAGAGCAAAUCUCUACAGAAACAUAAUUUUACGAAAAUAAGAAAUACCCAAAUGAAAAAAUUACCUCAGAACAAUGAGAAAUACCCAAAUUUCUGGGUUUGCAACGAACCUCACCUAUAAUUGCUUCCAUCACCUUCUACCAACCCAAAGUUCAAAACUCGCGAAAAGAAUCAGUGCUUGCUUCCUAAUAUUCACCUCUCCCACACCGAUCCAGAAGCGGCCAGGCAGCCAUGGCCUCAAAUUCAGAUACAAAGAUCAGUGUAAGAUACAGAAGUUCAGCAACUCAGCCCUCGACUUUAAAUUCUAUUAUAAACACUAAAACCUUCUACACUAACAAUAUAGAAAUAUAUAUCAUGGCCACAACAAAGCACUUCCAACUAGAACUUUGCUAUUUGUUGAUUCUCUUUGCUUUCAUCCUCUGCCCUGCUGACACCUUGCACUAAACUUUUCAAUUUCAUAAAAUAAAGUGAACAAAAAUAGAGGAGCUACUCCCCUUGAACAAGUUAUCUGGAUGGGCAGGAGUGCUCAGAAGAGAAUAUGUAUGCAAAAAUAGAUGAGCCCUUUCACUUAAACAAGUUAUCUCAAUAGGAAGGAGUAUUUAAAACAAAAUCCGCAAAAACAGAUGUACUUUUGCCCUUGAACAAAUAUCAAUAUAGGCAGGUGUACUAUGAUGAAGUCAAGAAUUAUUACGAUGCUUGACUAUUCCCUGGAAAUCUGCAAAACUAAAUGAGCUCUUCCCCUGAAUCACAUUAAUUUCACUAGGACCAAAUAAAUAAUGACUACCAUGCCUCUGUUGAUCCAGGUUCUGAAUGAAACGUGAUUCACUUGGUGGUAACAGCAUAGAGCUGUUAUGAUAGCCUGUAUUAGUUUAGCUGAUAUCAAUGCUGAGGAAAUGCUUAACACUUUAAAGUAUGCAAAUCGUGCCUACGAUAUCCAAAACAAACCUGUUGUUAACUGUGAUCCUAAGACCAAUGAGAUGCUAAAGAUGUGUCAACAGCUGGAGUAUUUGCAGGCAGAACUUUGUGCCUGUGGGGGGUCCGAUGAAGUGCAUGAGGGAUUUUGGAUUUGGAACUUGGAAGGUCAUUAUGGGGAAGAAAUUACAUUUGACCAACCAUGCAUGAUGGGUAACCUAUGCUCAUUGCUGUCACAGUUGGUGCACUGGACUCAAGUGUAAAGGACACUGCCUCUUUCUUCUGUGUAUCAUGAUGGAAAUCUUCAGUCUGUUGAAAUAAGCAAUCAUGCUAUUCUACACUAUUGUUCUUUGAGUAACUAAGGUUGAUUUAGAACUUCAUGUGAAGCUAAGCUGACUCAUCCUUUAUUCUCUUCAGCCUUGAAUUUGUUUUCUUUCUAACUUUGGAAAUUCUGAAUCUUGAUAAAUAUCUAUCUAUUUG